AUGAGUUUCCGCAAACGCAACAUCGUCAUCAACCGCGGCCCCUCCCCACACACGCCCACGCCCACGCCCACGCCCCCCGCCGCCACCGCCCCCAAGCCGCCCACCCCGGGCAUCCGCCCCUCGCCCAUCAACGGCCAGCCCACGACCUCCACGGGCACGCCCUCGCUCGACGCGCUGCUCGCCGGCCACGCCGGCCUGCCGCUGGGAUGCUCCGUGCUCAUUGAGGAGCCGGGCACGACGGACUUUGGCGGCGCGCUGCUGCGGUACUAUGCGGCGGAGGGGAUUGUGCAGGGCCAUGCGGUCACGGUGGUGGGUGCGCCGGAGGCGUGGGUGAGGGAUCUGCCGGCGGUGACGGGCGCGGAGGAGGUGGGGGAUGAGACGGGAAGUGGGGGUGCGGAGAAGGGGAGUGGGAAGAUGAAGAUUGCGUGGAGGUAUGAGAGGCUGGGGGGGUUUGGGAGUGGGAUUGGGGGCAGUCGGGCACCACCACCCCCCGCCGGCAGCAGCACCACAACCCCCGCCGACACCACCGCCCCCGCCACCCCCUUCUGCCACACCUACGACCUCACCAAGCGCCUCACCCUCCCGCCCACCUCCAAACUCGCCUUCAUCCCCCCACCACCCCCCACCAGCGCCACCCCCUUCGCCCACAUCCUCACGCAGCUCACCACCGCCAUCACCACCCACUCCCCACACCCCCACCGCAUCCUCCUCCCCUCCCUCCUCUCCCCACUCCUCUACCCCCCCUCCGCCGCCACCCCCUCCCACCUCCUCCCCUUCCUGCACGCCCUGCGCGCGCUCCUGCGCUCCCACCCGGCCCUCACACUCAUGGCCAGCCUGCCGCUCGAGCUGUACCCGCGCGCCAGCGGGCUCGUGCGCUGGGCCGAGGUGCUGGCCGACUGCGUUGUUGAGCUGACGCCGUUCGGGCACUCUGCGAAGGAGGAGGGGUCGCCGCAGGGCUUGGUGAGGGUGUGGAAGGUGCCGGUUGUGGGGGAGAAGGGCGGGGGCGUGGGGGGCGCGGUGGGCAGGGGUGAGGAUCUGGCGUUUGUGGUGACCAGGAGGAGGUUUGAGAUUGGGCCGUAUUCGCUGCCGCCGAUGGAGGAGGAGGAGGGGGGGAAGGGGGCGAAGAAGGUGGAUGUGGACUUUUAG